UUGCCGAGAGUGGAAAGGAUGUUAAAGUCAGAAAUCCUAACGAACAGGAUAGCCUGAAAGGUUGUUAUCAAGAUGGAGCAUUAGAAUAUUAUCAGCAAUUAGCCGAGACCGAUAAUUUACAUGAAGCAUUUAGUGUGGAGUGUGGAGAAUAUAAGAAAGCAAUACAAGCAUGGUCAGCUAGGUACUCCCUAAAAUGGACUAGUGCUACGUAUUCCUCACACAUGUUAGAAAUUUUUGGGCAUGGGAUAUGGGGUAUACUUGAAAGGUGA